CACAAUCCAGAGGAAAUCGGAAAAUAUUCCCGAGCAGCCCAGACAGCUGGGGAAAGAAGCACAGGGAGGGGGACACAGGCAGAGCAACUACUCGUGAGGAAAGUGUGUGAGGAGGAGGAUGAGGAGGGCUGCAGCAGUGUGAGUGUGCUGUGUGAGUGUGCUGCCUCCUCUUCUCUAGCUGCGGGCUCUGCAUGGCAUUCUCUGCAACCAUUCGCUCUCUUUCCCCUCUGGUCAAGGCGGCUUCUUCCUGAUCUGGACCUAUAUAAAGGUGGAUGUGAGGGAAGCUCCUGCUGUCACAUCUGUGGCACACACCCUGGACUGUACACAAGAUUACUAGGAAAUUGGAAUUUUGCCACAUUUAGCCAUUACCAUGUCGGGAACAAGGAAAGUAACUAUCUUCCAUCCUGGAUUUUGUCUACUUGUUUUUGUGCCUCUGUUGUGCCAUGUGGGAACUAUAUAUGGUGAAACCACCCCAACCCCUGAAAAUUCAACUCAAGAUCCUUGCACUGGUACCUAUUAUUGUAAAGAAGGGGUAAUUUUACCUAUCUGGGAGCCACAGAACCCUUCAUAUGGGGAUAAAAUUGCAAGAGCUACCGUAUAUUUUGUGGCGAUGGUCUACAUGUUCCUCGGUGUAUCGAUCAUAGCUGAUCGUUUUAUGUCCUCCAUUGAAGUAAUUACAUCGCAAGAAAAGGAAAUAACCAUCAAGAAACCCAAUGGUGAAACUACAAAGACAACAGUGAGGAUAUGGAACGAGACUGUGUCCAACCUGACCCUUAUGGCUCUUGGUUCUUCCGCUCCUGAAAUUCUCCUUUCUGUCAUUGAAGUGUGUGGCCAUAACUUUCAGGCUGGUGACCUUGGUCCUAGCACCAUUGUAGGCAGUGCCGCAUUCAACAUGUUUAUCAUCAUUGCUCUUUGUGUCUAUGUGGUACCUGAUGGAGAAACAAGGAGGAUUAAACAUCUUAGAGUUUUCUUUGUCACCGCAGCCUGGAGCAUAUUUGCCUAUACUUGGCUGUACAUGAUCUUGUCUGUUUUUUCACCUGGUAUCGUUGAAGUCUGGGAAGGUUUGCUCACUUUUUUCUUCUUUCCUAUUUGUGUUUUGUUCGCUUGGGUUGCUGAUAGAAGGUUGUUAUUUUACAAAUAUGUCUAUAAGAGGUACCGAGCUGGAAAGCAGAGGGGAAUGAUCAUUGAAACAGAAGGAGAUAGACCAUCCUCCAAAGCUGAUAUUGAGAUGGAUGGUAAGGCUCUCAACUCCCACACAGAAAACUUCCUUGAUGGCUCUAUAAAUCUUGAAAUUGAUGACAAGGACCAAGACGAUGAGGAGGCAAGAAGAGAUAUGGCUAGGAUUUUGAAGGAACUGAAACAAAAACACCCUGAGAAAGAGAUGGAACAGUUAAUUGAGCUAGCUAACUAUCAAGUUUUGAGCCAGCAGCAAAAAAGUAGAGCAUUUUAUCGUAUCCAAGCUACACGUUUGAUGACUGGGGCAGGCAAUAUUUUAAAAAGGCAUGCUGCAGAUCAAGCAAGGAAAGCUGUCAGUAUGCAUGAGGUUAAUACUGAUGUUAUAGAGAAUGAUCCAGUCAGCAAGAUUUACUUCGAACAAGCAACUUACCAGUGCCUAGAGAACUGUGGAACAGUGGCACUAACAAUUGUUCGUCGGGGUGGUGACUUAACCAACACUGUAUUUGUAGACUUCAGAACAGAAGAUGGCACAGCAAAUGCUGGAUCAGAUUAUGAAUUUACUGAAGGAACAAUUGUGUUCAAGCCUGGUGAGACUCAGAAAGAGAUUAGGGUUGGCAUUAUUGAUGAUGACAUCUUUGAAGAAGAUGAAAAUUUUCUGGUCCAUCUUAGCAAUGUUCGAGUAAACUCUGAAACCACUGAAGCAAAUUUUGAGUCGAAUCACGUAACAUCACUUGCAUGUCUUGGAUCUCCCACGACAGCCACAGUUACCAUCUUUGAUGAUGACCAUGCUGGUAUCUUUACCUUUGAGGAACAGAUUACCCACAUAAGUGAGAGCGUUGGUACAAUGGAAGUGAAGGUUCUGAGAACCUCCGGUGCCCGAGGAGCUGUGAUUGUACCCUAUAAAACAGUUGAGGGCUCAGCAAGAGGUGGUGGAGAAGACUUUGAAGAUACCUGUGGCCAACUAGAGUUCCAAAAUGAUGAGAUUGUCAAAACCAUAUCAGUGAAAAUAAUUGAUGAUGAGGAAUAUGAGAAAAACAAGACCUUCUUCCUAGAGAUUGGGGAACCUCGUCUGGUGGAGAUGAGUGAGAAGAAAGGUGACUUCACUAUUACAGAAGAGAAUGAAGAUAAGGUGACACUCAAUAGUAAAGAAGAGGAGGAGCGACGUAUAGCUGAAAUGGGCCGACCUGUGCUUGGAGAACACACAAAACUUGAAAUCAUUAUUGAAGAAUCAUAUGAAUUCAAGAGCACUGUGGACAAACUUAUUAAGAAGACAAAUCUUGCCCUGGUGGUUGGAACGAACAGCUGGAGAGAGCAAUUUAUCGAAGCCAUUACUGUUAGUGCUGGAGAGGAUGAUGAUGAUGAUGAAUGUGGAGAGGAAAAGCUGCCAUCUUGCUUCGACUAUGUGAUGCAUUUCCUGACCGUCUUCUGGAAAGUUCUUUUUGCUUUUGUCCCACCAACGGAGUACUGGAACGGUUGGGCCUGUUUUAUUGUGUCCAUUUCAAUGAUUGGUCUCCUUACAGGAUUCAUUGGAGAUUUAGCCUCUCAUUUUGGCUGUACUAUUGGCUUGAAGGAUUCUGUUACUGCAGUCGUUUUUGUGGCUUUAGGAACUUCGGUACCAGAUACUUUUGCUAGCAAAGUGGCUGCUAUUCAAGAUCAAUAUGCUGAUGCAUCCAUAGGUAAUGUCACCGGUAGCAACGCUGUGAAUGUUUUCCUGGGAAUUGGCGUAGCAUGGUCCAUUGCUGCCAUUUACCAUACAGCUCGCGGAGAAGUGUUUAGAGUCAACCCUGGCACGCUGGCUUUCUCUGUCACUCUUUUCACCAUCUUUGCAUUCAUAAACGUUGGUGUCCUGCUGUACAGACGACGGCCUGAAAUUGGCGGUGAGCUGGGUGGGCCACGGACUGCCAAGCUUCUUACAUCGGCCCUCUUUACUCUCCUGUGGCUCUUGUACAUUUUCUUCUCAUCUCUGGAAGCCUACUGCCACAUACAGGGCUUCUAAAGAAACACUCCAACAUAGUAAAUAUAUAAAUAUAUAUAAAUAUAUGUAGAAUGAACAGAGGAAAAAAAAAAGAGACAUUGCCAUUUCCACUUACCUGCUGAUGGAAUGCAACUGUAGAAGUAUUCCUUUUAAUGGGUAGGAGCAAGAAUUUAAGGUUUCUUACCCGGGGGCAUCAUGUUGAACUAGGCAUUGAUGCAGGGACAUCUUUGCAACUGUACCUAAAACAGUGUACUAUAAAUGUUUGACUACUUUUAUUUUUGAAAUGACUAAUCUGAAUGCUACUUGGGCCUUUUUGUUAUAAUGUAAAGAUGCCGGAAUUACUAGUAACUAUUUUUUGUUAAUGUUAUUGGGGAGUGAGAGGGGUGAGAGUCUGGAGAAGAAAUCUAACUGAUAUGAAUAUCCAAACCAUACUGAUAAAUGAAUAUCCAAUGUCAAAAGUGAAUUAGCCCAUCUGGCAAACGGAGAAGUAGUUUGCCAACAAGACAUUUGUGGGUUGAAAUGUAUUCUUCUGCAGUGUAACCCAAGGGCAUCUGCCAUGCUCUAUUAGAUUUUUGUUAACAAGAAAUGGGUAAAGAAAAACAACCAAAACUAGUAGCCUUCUCCUCUCCAACUAACUGUUGCAUUGUACCUAGCAUGUGUUCCUCCCUGUUCUAAGUCACCAAACUACAAUGAGUCUUUCCUGUUUGUGUUUUUCCUACAUAAAAAUGACCCUACAAGAAGCCCCACGCUGGUCUAAGCAGUUUGUCUGCUAUUGCUUAGACCACAUCCAGAGCCAUCCAUGCAAGAGUCUUCUGGGCACCUAUCCAUCCAUAAUAACCAUAGUCAUGUCUUGGAAUGUCUUUGUUCUACGUAUACUGCUGUGCAUGAAUGAAAAGUAUUUGUGUAUGCUAUAGCUUAGCGAUUAUCCCAUUAACCAAUGUUGAUUGAAUGUGAAAGACAUGGAUGUACUUUGUUUUGUUUUAUGCUAGCGUUUUUUGGGUUUUUCGUUACUUGUUUUUCUUUUGUAAACUUUAGGGGUUGUUUUGUGUAUUUGGGUAAAAGACAACCUCUGUAAAAUUCUGCAUAGUUCUGUACAAAGUACAGUACAGUAUGGCAGCGUAACAUUAAUGAAGGAUGUGAAAGCCUCUCUAUUUGCAUUGCCCAUUGAAGGGUUUAAUAUGGGCCUCAUGCAGAUAUUUAAAUACCAAAAAUGUGCCUAGGAAAUUAAAGAAUUAUUUAAGGAAGUAUUUAUUAGAAUUUAUAUAUUUUACAGUAAGCAAUAGAGGCUAUGGAUUGCUACUAGUAGGUUAUAUAUAUAGACAUAUCACCUUUCAUUAUCAUAGCACAUUUUCCACAAUGAUUUUUGUUUAAAAAAAACAGUGCCAUUGCCUUGUAGUUAAAACUGGAUCUUUUUUUUAUAGAAUUUAUAAAGGGAAGAAAUAAGUCUGAAGCCCUAAAUAGCCAUCAUACCUAUGCUUCGGUCUCAAUUUUCUUAAAAGAAUUAGGCAGUGUUCUGUAUCAAUCUGUAAUAUCUGAUAUAUAUAUAUAUAUAUAUAUAUAUAUAUAUAUAUAUAUUUAUCAUGCGGCUUACAUACAACAGUAAAUCCAGUUUUUGUUAGUUUAAACGUGUGGCAAUAAAUAGUGCAAAAGUGUGAUUUUGUUGCCAAAAAUUAGGUUAUAAAAUACUAGCACAAUUUCAAGUUUGUAUUGGAUGUGUUCCAAGGAAAGGUUUGUUAUAUCUAUUGAAACCUCCGAUACUGUGCACUGUAACAACCCCAUAAAUUAGUAUGCAUUAUUUAUUAGAAUUUGGAGUGCUCCGGUAACUAUGCAGCUACUUCAAUUGCCAUGAUCAACAUUAACUGGUAACUCGUCUGAAGCUCUUCAUAAAGACUGUUACAGACAAUGUCAAUUGUAAACUUAGAUGACCUUCAAUAUCUUGAGUAGAUUCUUCAUAUGCCACCAUCCUCCAUAGUUAAGCAUCGCGGUCAGCAGCUAUCUUGGGACCUGUGUUAUUUAGAUGAUUGAUCGAUUGGUUGAAUUUGUUGCACAACAAUCAUUGUAAGCUGGAAACUUGAUUAUGAAGCCCCCCAAAUGUCAGUUUAAAGAAGAAAAAAAUUAAGAUUAAAAAAUGCUGGAAGUUGACAGGAGCUUUUUAAUACAAUGGAGUGUGUCUUAACUAGUGUCGAAAGCGACUGCAAGUGCAGGCAAAGUUGGAGAUCAAUACAGUGCGACGUGAGAUAGCCGGAGCUAGACAAUCAAUACAUGCACGUCAGUAAUAAAGAGCCCCAUGACUGGUUCUACUUAUCUGUCAAAGUGAUGUGCUGGUGUUUAACCAAAAUCAUACCUACGCUAACCAGAUGGAUCUUCCAAUCAAUCACGUGCCCUUUGGAUUGGCAGUAUCUAUGACAUUGCUAAGAACAGGCCAUGAUAAGUUGUAAUAAUUGUAACCUGAGGCCAUUAUAUGAUUGGAAAUAUGUUGAUUCCUAAAUAUAAUUUUAGAUGGAGCUUCUGCCACCUUUAAUUCUACUGCAGACCACAAAGUUAGAUCUUCCUAUGAAAAGCUUGAAUGUUACGUCCUAAUUCAGCUAUAUGUGACUACAGCUUAUAUCGCUUUCCGCAAGACUUCUAUAAUGAAUGGUACCUAUGUAAAUUUCUAUUUCCCUAGCAAAAAAGGAAUUCUACCUGUGGCAGCUUUUUACGCACAAGUUUUAAAACCAUAUAAUAAGGUCUAUCAUGUUAAACUGACCGCAUUAAUAAAAUUUUAAUUAAAUUACAUUUUAGAUUUUUUUAUUCAGCUGCAAAUAACUGCCUAAAGGGAGCCUCAUGUAUGAUCACUUGGGCUGACAGGAAGUGGAGGUGCUGACCAUAGGAACCAAUCUGAUUGCUGCUGUUAUUGUCAUACCGGCUCUAAAAAAUUAAAAGCUAAAUUGUGAUUGGUUCCUAUGAACAACACCUAUAGUUCUUGACCGCAUUGGUUUUCAUUCAUGGGGCCCAUUAGAAAGACAAUAUGGCUGAUGCCAUCUUUAGAAUACCACAUCAUUUGUAGUUUUUACACUGAAUGAUAAAUAAGAAAACUAAAUAACAUUAUUAUCUCUAACUAGACAUAUCAUUAAGGUGUUUUAUUAUAUUUAGAGAAACAAAAAGAAUUCAACAGACAAAAUGCAUUGUUUGUCGUGUGUAAAAGAUUCUAGGUGGACAUUUUGAAUUUGUUAGUAUUUUCUUGUAAUAUCACCUAUACAAAAUGUUCAUUUUACACAGAUAAUAAAGCAUUUACUGCAGAGGAAAGAUACUUUGUGACAGACCAAUAGACGCACGAAUUGUAAACAUGCAUUUUUGAUUUUCUAAAAUACGUUAUGUUAAUUUGACAAUAUAUUGGUUCACUUUUUAGUACAGUUUAUGUUUUAUCAAUUAUUUUGUCAGGACACUAGCUGAAAUGGCAGAUAGAUUAUAAGCUAAUUUUUUUUGAAUCAGGACAUUCACAUCAAUUUGGAAAACAAAAAUUGUGCCCCUCAUCUUGGUGCUGGUUUUGCUUUCCCCUACCCCAUGAGCUGCAGCUAUGUUAUCAUCAGUGCUAGAUCGGUUCAGGAAUUAAAACUUAAAGAUCCCUAUAUACAUUAGUCAAAAUCCAGGGGAACCUUCUAUUUUUAGUGCAACUGGCCUAAUGUGUUAGAGGGCUCCCAACAGAAGAGAAAGGCCCGGCAUGUUAAGAGCUUAACUGCAGACUAUUUUUUUUAGGCAAGAGAAGGUAGAUGCUUACCUCCCCUCUUUACAUUCAGAACACAUGAACAUUUGGCUUAGCCAAAUGUUCAUGUGUAUGCGGGGAUCGGUAAAACAAACAUUCAUUCAACGGUUAUUGAAAAUGUAUGGGCAACCUAAAUGUCUUCUAAUUUCUAUCUUUUGACUUGAAGGGAUUGAAGUAGGCACCAGCUUUCUUAUGCAGUUAAAGUAAUGGUAUACUAUUAUUGGACUUGUAUGGACUGGCCAUGUCUAAAGAGAAUAUUUGAUCAUAUUUUAGGAAUUCUCAUACUAAAGAACAUUGUAUUACCCUGAAAGAAUGUUAACAUUUAUAAAAUGAAUACAUUCGCCAUUAGGCCUCUACCCCAGCACCUUUUCUUCUGACAUAAAAGUAUGUUUAUGCCAGCAUAUAUGUAAUAGAGAAAAAAUCCAGAUGGCUGAAAUUCAUACUAGUAAAGAGCUUAUUGUACAAUGCCAAGGAUUUUAAGAUCUCGGCUUGGAAUUUAGUUUAUUUCUUCUGGGUUAAAUAAAAUACAAAAAAUGUAUAAUAACAUACAAAAUGUAUCUUCAUAAAUAUCACCAGAAAUGUGGGUAAUUUGUUGUACAGAUUGUAUUUUAAAUGAGGGAGAAUUUAAUGCAGUAUAUUAUAAUUUAAGAUUUCUGGUAUUAUGAAUUUACUACUUUAAAAUUGAUGCUUUAAAUUUUAAUUAUUAUACAACAGAAACACCAAAUUCUGCACUUUUGUCUGUUUUUUUUCUAUUUGUUUUUCCACUUUUGAGUUAUUUCACUUUUGUCCUUGCAAAUAUUGCAUACAUAUCUUAAAAACACUACUCACUGCUAAUAGCGCAUGCAAAUUUUACCAACAAAAAAAGAAAAAGAAAAAAAAGAAGAAAGAAAAAGGUUGCAUUUCUAAACAAUGAGAAAAGUCAGGGUUUUUAGUUUUUUGCCUUGCUUAGGGUCUGGAAUAAAAUAAAAAGUAUAUAAACAUAUGUAUAUUUAUAUAUAUAUAUAUAUAUAUAUAUAUAUAUAUAUAUAUGUGUGUGUGUGUACUUGGGGUUUCAUGUUUUUGGGUAAUACAGAUUUAAUGAAGGGGAUUAAAGGUUUUAUUUUUUUUCUUUGAAACUUUAUAGUGUGUUUUGUGCACCAAUGUAAGAUUAAGCACGUAUACUGUGAUAAUUGUUUGUGGUUCACGUUCAGAUGACAUCAUCACAAUAUCAAUGGAAACUCUGAGGUUUACCGAAGACAUAUGAUACUGUACAUAUAAUGUAUUAUCGAUUUUCUUUGUCAAUUGGCACUUUUAUUUUUUUGCUUUCAUGCUUAUAAAAAUAAAAACAAAAAAAAAGAAAUUGUUGUGAGAAACAUUUUUCAUAUUGUAUACAGUUGUAAACACUUUACAAGGUUUAUAGCAUCAGGAUUUAAACCAUUAAUUGAGAUUAGGAUAUAAAUGACAUUUCCAGAUUAGUUUUCACAUUACGAUGGUAAAAGGAGAGCAGGAGGAAUUUAUCAAGGGUGUUGUAGGUGAACAAUGUAUCAAAUGUGUUGUAGGUGAACUUCAUAAAUUCAUGACAACUGCAACACGUUAACCAGACUAUGGCAUAGCUACAUGAUUUUAGAAAAAGCACAAUUAAAACUAUUUAAACAACAACUAAGACAAAUUGUGUGACUAUUAAAAACUACAAAAACAGGAUCAAAUCAAUAACAAAUCCCCCCAGUAACCGUUAAACAAAUCUCAAAAAUUUAAGGAAAUUUCUAAAAUAAAAACUCACCUAAUAUAUAAUAGAGUGAGAAAUAAGUUUAAUAGGGUUAUCUAGGGAUAGAAAAACAGAGUUAACUUCUUCCAUAAACAUCACCACAUCUGACCUCAGGUUGUAUGUGGCAAUACAACUUGGCCCCAUUUACUUAAGUGGAACUAUGCUGUCAUACCACAGCCUGAGUUUUUUUUUUUUUUUUAAGAAAUCAGCUCUGUUGUUCUAACCCUAGAUAAUUGAAUAGGUGAUGUAGUACUAAAAUGUUACUUUUAUUUCAUACCAAAUCAAAAGGUCUAAAGAAAGUACCAAGGCCCUAAAACAAUUUUGGUAAUUCUGUAAAUAUGUUUUAAUCUUCUAAAUCUGAGAGAUGUUAAUAGUAAUAAGGAGAGAAUUGGGGUGCAUCCUGGUGCUUACAGAAUCCUAAGGUCAUCUUAAAGGGGUAUUCCAGGCCAAAACUUUUUUUUAUAUAUCAACUGGCUCCGGAAAGUUAAACAGAUUUGUAAAUUACUUCGAUUAAAAAAUCUUAAUUCUUGCAAUAGUUAUUAGCUUCUGAAGUUGAGUUGUUUUUUUCUGUCUAACUGCUUUCUGAUGACUCACGUCCCGGACAUCACAUCAUCAUUGAGCAGUUAGACAGAAAACUUCAAAAGCUAAUAACUAUUGGAAGGAUUAAGAUUUUUUUAAAGAAGUAAUUUACAAAUCUGUUUAACUUUCCGGAGCCAGUUGAUAUAUAAAAAAAGGUUUUUACCUGGAAUACCCCUUUAAUUUAGUUUAGUGGAUCCACUUCAGAUAUGGGUAUUUUAGCCAUAUUUUGCAUGUAAAAUGUGCAGGUAUUACUACUAUAUUAAAGUGACACAAGAUUUCUAACAGAUUUAAGCACAUAGCGGGAGAUUUAUCAAAACCUAUCCAGAGGAAAAGUUGCCCAGUUGCCCAUGGCAGCCAAUCAGAUCACUUCUUUCAUUUUUAACAAGGCCUCUGCAAAAUGAAAGAAGCAAUCUGAUUGGUUGCUAUGUGCAACUAGGCAACUUUUCCUCUGGACGGGUUUUGAUAAAUGUGUCUAAAGGAGGGGCUUUAGAUUCCACACUGGGCAGUACAGAUAAUAACAUGACCUUAUGACGCCCAGUGCACCAGUUAAGUGCACCAGUCAAAAGGACUUAUGCAUGGAACUCAAAUGAAAUUGAAUGGUUGCAUUGGCCAGUGUGGAAUGCGUUGCUUUCGAUUCCCCCUUUUUAUAGUCCAUUCCUAGAUGAAGGGUAAAUCUUAAGCAGAAAUGGUUUGUCAGCCCAGCAUAAAGACUUUGCAAAAACGAAAUCUUUUUUUUCAUGCAGGUCAAAAUUCUACAUUAUUCUUUGAUGUAUAUAUUACUGCACAAAACAUAUUUAUAAAAUUUAAGAAACAUAAAGGAGGGCUAUAGACAGUCCCUGUAAGAUAUAUGCUUAAAGGGGUACUCCAGUGGAAAAUUAACUGGUGCCAGAGAGUUAAACAGAUUUGUAAAUUACUUCUAUUAAAAAAUUCUUAAUCCUUCCAGUACUUAUUAGUGGCUGUAUACUACAGAGGAAAUUAUUUUCUUUUGGGAUUUCUUUUCUGUCAUGACCACAGUGCUCUCUGCUGAUACCACUGUCUAUUUUAGAAACUGUCCAGAGCAGCAUAUGUUUUCUAUUGGUAUUUUCUCCUAUUCUGGACAGUUCCUAACAUGGACAGAGGUGUCAGCAGAG